AUGGCGCGCGAGGAGGAGGAGGAGCGGGACCCCGAGUGUUGGGAGGCGAUGGCGGCGCGGGCGAGCGGCGAGGAGGAGGAGGAGCCGGGCAGCGGCGCGGAGGAGGAAGAGCAGCCGGAGGAGGAGGAGGAGGAGGCGGUGGCCGGUCGGGCGCGCAGCGAGGACGCGCGGCUGCUGCGCGCAGGGCUGCCUCCCGCCGCCGUCCCCGCCGCGGCCGCCCACCUCAGGAGCGGCCGGGGCCGCCGUCGCCGCCCGCCGGGGCCGCCGCUCGGCUGCCCGAAGAUGCCGCCGGCCGCCGACGAGGACCGCGCGCUCCUCCGCCGCCGGCGUCGCCGCCGGAGGGACCUUCUGCUGAGCCAGCUCUGCUUCCUGGCGUCGGUGGCGCUGCUGCUCUGGUCGCUGUCGAGCCUACGAGAACAGAAGGAAUUUGACCUCAUGGACCUCAUUGGGGAAGACAGAAAGUGGAUGGUGGGGAGGAAGCUGAUGCAAGUGAAUGACACUCUUACUUCUGAAGAUGCAGGGCUCUUGAGCAGCAAGAACUGCACCGAACCAGCCCUGCACGAAUUCCCCAGUGACAUUUUCACCAAUGAGGACAGAAGACAAGGCGCUGUAGUCCUUCAUGUGCUCUGUGUAAGUACACUCCUUGUGCCUCUGCCUGGAGGGUCAGUGGGCAGAAGAGGGUUGGGCGAAG